UGGCUCGACAGGCCCGUAUGAGAGGCAGGAGCAGCGGGGAGAGGCAGCAGGCAGGGCCGGGAGGAGAAUCAGUGCAGGACUCACAUCGAACCAGAACCAGGACACGCUGCAGCGGCACCAUGAACUCCUGGAGCACGUCCGUGGCUCUGCUGGGUCUGCUGGCCGGAGCUGUGGCGGCCGUUCAGAGCCCUGAGACAGUGUUUCUGGACAAGCAGCAGGCGAGCUCGCUGAUCUCCCGUCAGAAGAGGAGCUCGGCCUCCACCCUGGAGCAGGCCUGCAUGGAGAAGGUGUGCACCUACGAGGAGGCCAGAAGGUUCUUCCAGGACUCGUACCGCACGGAUAUCUUCUGGUCGGUCUACAUCGAUGGAGACCAGUGUGCAGACAACCCCUGCAAGAACGGAGCCAUGUGUUCGGACAGCGUGGGAGGCUACGACUGCGUCUGCAAGUCGGGCUUCACAGGCGUCCACUGUGAAAACGACCAGACUGUGUGCACCCUGGAAAAGAACAAGGGCUGCUCCCAGUUCUGUAAGCCGGGCUACGUGUCCUACGAGUGUUCCUGCGCCCGCGGAUGGAGGCUCAAGAGCUCCAACAAGGACUUGUGCGAGGCUGCAGUCCAAUACCCCUGUGGUAAGGUGAACAGCCUGAGUCAGUGGAGUGACCGACAGGCCAGCAACGUGCGCAGCAACUUCGAAGGCCUCAGCUGUACGUCUACAGAGUGUCCCUGGCAGGCUCUUCUGAAGAGCUCAGAGUCAGAAGGUUUCUGCAGUGGAGUCAUACUGAAGGAGAACCUGGUCCUGACUUCAGCUCAGUGCGCCAACAAGUACCCCUCCUUCCAGGUGGUUGUCGGCAAGCGCAGCAGCAGCUUUGAGAGCGGCGGCCAGACGCUGUACGUCAAGAUGACUAAAACUCACCCGCGCUGGGAGGAGGGUCGCCCUGACAACGACCUGGCUGUGAUCGAGCUCCGCGACCGCAUCAUCUUCAAGAGAGACGUGGUCGCCGCCUGUCUGCCGGAAAGAGACUUUGCCGAAAGCAUCCUGAUGUCCGGAGAGUAUCCGGCGGUGGUCACCGGCUGGACAGAAGCCACGCAGGGCUCCGCAUUCCCCGACCCGCUCGCCCUCAACCAGCUGGCCUACGAGAAGCUGCCUCGGUGUCUGGAAACUCACCCCAACCUGAUGACCAACAAGAUGGGCUGCACCACUGCUCGCGCCAACGCAGACUGCAAGAUGAGCUCCGGCAGCCCGCUGCUCACCCUCUACCGGGACGUGUUCUUCCUCACCGGGGUGCUGAGUCGGCCGCCGGGCGCCGACUGCACCAAAGGCUACAUCUUCCAGAAAGUGUCGCGCCACCUGGGCUGGCUGCAGCAGUUCAUGGGUUCACGCUAGAGCCCUCCGUGAUGCAGUCAGGGGCGUGCACGGAGGUCCCCGGCGGUGGAUUUAGGAUAACGCAGGUUCAUUCUGAAACAGGGAAUCUGAUCUGAUUUUCUUCCCUCUAGCUCAAACCCGUCAUUAGUCACAUCUGUCUGUCUUUUAAGAAUAUCCAGAACUAUCUUAACAAUAUAUAUAUACACUGUACUCGCCUCUCUCUGUGCGCCGCCUCAUUUAUCCACAAGGUGGCGCUCUGGCAACGUAAACAGAGAAGCACUUACUGCAUGUAUCUAACGAGAGGGUCGGCAGCAGCGAGAGAUGCGUGAAUUAUUCAGCAUGUGUUUUGUGGUGUGGACAAACCUUUUAAUAACCUUUGAGUGUUUCAGCUGUACUGGUUGACAUGAACCUUAAGAUCCUGUCAGUGUUCUAUGAAUGUAAGAAACUCUAAUCCUGUCAACAUUAAGCUCUAAUCUACUGUCAAUAAUAAACCCUAAAACCACACCGA